AUGGAUAGUCUUACAGGGCCGAACGAGUUCCAUCUGCCAGGAUUUGGGAUCAGAGUUGUUUUUUCUCUGAGGAUGGUUGUCAAGAAGCUAACCAGCCCAUCCCGCUGUGGACACACUUUGUCUGAUCCUUCAUUUAACAUGUGGCUGGCGUGGGAAGCCCUACGAAGGCUUUUUCAACUACCGCAUAAUUCGAAACCUCAUAAGGAUAUUCAAGCUUCUUCCCCACAACAAGGAUGUCAUUGGAGAUUUUGGUGA